CCGACGACUGCUCCCGGCCCCGCAAAAGGAAAGGGCAAGGCGAAGAAGGGCAGCACGAACUCGACCAACCCAGACGACGCCCAUCGCGCAUUGCUCUCCAAGAUUUCGCAGCUCGAGUCGACAAAUGCCGAGGAUGCGCACCAAAAUGCAGAAAUCGAGGCAGAGGUGAAGAAAGCCAACAGGGAUCUCUCGCAGCUGCUCAACACCAUGGAACCACAUCAAAGCAAGUCGGAUAUCCUCCAGCGCAAAUACAGCGAGCUCCUGGCAGACAUGAAGCGGACGGAGCGUGAGCAUGUCAAGGCGAAGAAGCGUGGCGAUCAAUUGCAGAAAGAGAAGGAGGAAGUAAGCAAGGAGAGGACGAAAGAGCGCAGCCUCAAGGAGAAGCUGGAAAAGCUCAGUCGAGAGCUGACGCGCGAAAAUAAGAAGCUGAAAGAUGACUACCGGGAUCUCAAGGAAAAUUCGUCCAACCGUAACGAGGAACUGCACCGUAGAUUGGAAGGUCUGAUCGUGGACGUGGAAGAGGUGGUACUUGAUAAGCGAGCACCCGAACGGCAAAGCGCAGAGCUGGAGCAAGACAAACUCUUCCGAGAGAAGUUCACCUCAUUUUUACACCAAUACGAGUUACGGGAACUGCACUUCCAGUCAACGCUCAGGGUGAAGGAUUUGGAGAUACAGUACCACAUCGCACGGCACGAUGCUCUGAAAAAGGCGCAAGAGAGCGAGCUGAGCAAGAGCCACCAGUUGACAAGACAGGUGAGCACUUUCAGCCAGACGGAGAACGAGCUGCGAGGGCAAUUGAACGUCUAUGUGGAGAAGUUCAAGCAGCAGGUGGAAGACACGCUUAACAACAGCAACGACUUGUUUUUGACCUUCCGCAAGGAGAUGGAGGAGAUGUCGAAGAAGACGAAGCGAUUAGAGAAGGAGAACCUUAAUCUAACUCGGAAGCAGGAGGCGACCAACAAGAACAUUUUCCAAAUGGCCGAGGAACGAUCGCAAAGUCAGCAGACCAUAGAUCGACUUACUAGAGAGAACGAGAAGCUAAAGAAGUUGUGCCGCGCCAUGCAAAACAACGGAUACGGCAACGCCAACAUGGCGCAACCUGGCCAAGCCCACGCCGGAGCGGAUGAGUUCGACGAAGGCCUGGAAGGCGAGACAGAAAGCGAGUACGAAGAUGAGGAGUACGACGAAGACGAAGAGGGCGAAUACGAUGACGACACGGAAGACGAGGGUCUUGAAGUCAUCGAAUCUCGAGCUCCCGUUAGAUACGGUCCAGUACCACCUCCUCCGCCACCU